UGGUGGGUUUUUAUUUAUUUUUUAUUCCUCUCCUCUCCUCCAGCUCCUCCUAAACACCUCCCCUGUCUGGGUUGCGUCGCACUCCCCCGUCUGUCACACCAGGCUCCGAGAAAUCUGACGUGUUUUUCGCAUUUCCUGCAGCAGAGAGAGAGAGAGAGAGAGACGGAGGCAGCGCGCAGUGUCGAGGGGGGUGGCCGGCAGCCAGAGGUAUGUGCACGGGAAGUUAAGAUCAACAGCAGUGGCUUGAAAGCAAGGCCGUGCAGUGGAGCAGCUGGAGCCCGUAUAUACACCUAAAAACCUGCCCCCCCUCCGCCCCGUUCCUGUCCUCUCCAGCCGCUGACGGGUCGCAGCGCUCCGGCUCGAACAUCCCCGAUGCGCCGCGGCGGCAUCUGGAGCCUCCAAACCCGCCUCACGGUGCAAUGCAACACGGACUGCAGCUUCCAGGGGGCCCCGCUACGGCUAACGGAGCUUUCUAACAAUCUGCUGGGGCCUUUGCUCCCCGGGGCUGACGCUCGGUUCUCGGUUCAUUUUUCUGGUGUGAAUUUGUAGCACAGUCGACAAAGUGUGGACUCCGUAGUUGGCGUUUUCUCUCCGUCACAUUCAAGCUGUCCACCGGUUGAACGGAUCCGUUAUUCAAACGGAGUUAAUUGUUGAAGCGGAGAGGUGGGGCUGGUUGUUUGAGGACCCCCUUCCACCACCACCACCACCAUGGUGAUCUUCAACGGGCAGCUGAAGAUCAAGAUCUGCGAGGCUCUGGAGCUCAAACCGACGGCUUGGUCCCUGCGUCACGCCGUCGGCCCCAAGACCCAGACCUUCCUCCUGGACACGUACAUCGCCCUGAACGUGGACGACUCCCGCGUGGGGCAGACCUCCACCAAGCAGAAGACCAACAGCCCCACGUGGAACGACGAGUUCACCACGGAGGUCCACGACGGACGCAGGAUCGAGCUGUCCGUGUUCCACGACGCGCCCAUCGGGUACGACGACUUCGUGGCCAACUGCAUCAUCCAGUUCGAGGACAUCCUGCACAACGGCAGCAAGCACUUCGAGGACUGGAUUGACUUGGAGCCGGAGGGGAAGGUGUAUGUUGUCAUCGACCUAUCAGGAUCUUCCAGUGAAGCUGCGACGGCCUCCACCGAGAAUGAGGAGCGCGUGUUUCGUCAGCGGAUGCGUCCCAGGAAGCGUCAGGGUGCCGUCCGCCGGAGGGUCCACCAGGUCAACGGACACAAGUUCAUGGCCACCUACCUGAGACAGCCAACCUACUGCUCCCACUGCAGGGACUUCAUCUGGGGCGUUUUAGGAAAGCAGGGCUACCAGUGCCAAGUGUGUACCUGUGUGGUCCAUAAGCGCUGCCAUGAGCUCAUCAUCACCAAGUGUGCAGGGAUGAAGAAGCAGGAGGACACAGUCGGGGAGACGGUCGGUUCUCAGAGGUUCAGCGUGAACGUGCCGCACAAGUUCAGCAUCCACAACUUCAAAGUUCUCACCUUCUGCGACCACUGUGGCUCUCUGCUGUGGGGUCUGCUGCGACAGGGACUCCAGUGUAAAGUGUGUAAAGUGAAUGUACACAGGCGGUGUGAGAGUAACGUAGCUCCAAACUGUGGCGUGGACGCCAGAGGAAUCGCCAAAGUCCUCUCCGACCUCGGAGUCACACCGGACAAGAUCUUCAACAGCGCCCAGAGACGGAAAAAGCUUCCUCAGGGUCAGGACCCUCAGCAGUCGUUAUCAGGGACACCGAAGGCAGAAGACGACCACUCGAAGUCCGCCCCCACCUCACCAUGUGACCAGGAUGCGAAGGAGCUGGAGAACAUCCGCAAGGUUCUGUCGUUCGACCACCGCGGAGAGGAGCACAAAACGCACCCGCACCCACUCUCCUCCGCCGCAUCUGUUGCUACGGUAACGGGGGACACUCAUGGAGGUGGAGGAGGAGGAGGAGGAGGAGGAGGAGGAGGAGGUGAGGCAGGCAGCGUCCAAGUGCAGGGUGAAGGAAACCGGGAGAACGGAGAGGUCAAAGGUCACGUGGCUCCUGAAGUCAAGAGGAUGAACCUGCACGACUUUGUGUUCAUCAAAGUUUUGGGGAAAGGAAGUUUCGGGAAGGUGAUGCUGGCGGAGCUGAAGGGCAGCGACGAGGUCUACGCGGUCAAAGUGCUGAAGAAAGACGUGAUCCUGCAGGACGACGACGUGGACUGCACCCUGACCGAGAAACGGAUCCUGGCGCUGGCCAGAAAGCACCCGUACCUGACACAGCUCUUCUGCUGCUUCCAGACUAAAGACCGGCUGUUCUUCGUGAUGGAGUACGUUAACGGAGGUGACCUGAUGUUUCAGAUCCAACGAUCCAGGAAGUUCGACGAGGCGCGAUCUCGUUUUUACGCGGCCGAGGUCACGUCCGCCCUGAUGUUCCUGCACCAGCACGGAGUCAUAUACAGAGACUUGAAGCUGGACAACAUACUGCUGGACGCGGAGGGUCACUGUAAGCUGGCGGACUUCGGGAUGUGCAAGGAGGGGAUCCUCAAUGGAGUCACCACCACCACCUUCUGUGGGACGCCAGAUUACAUCGCACCUGAGAUCCUUCAAGAGCUGGAUUACGGCCCGUCAGUGGACUGGUGGGCGCUGGGGGUGCUGAUGUAUGAGAUGAUGGCAGGUCAGCCGCCGUUUGAAGCCGAUAACGAAGACGACCUGUUUGAGUCCAUCCUUCACGACGACGUCCUCUACCCCGUCUGGCUCAGCAAGGAGGCUGUGUCCAUUCUCAAAGCGUUCAUGACUAAGAGUCCUAACAAGCGCCUGGGCUGUGUGGUGGCUCAGGGUCUGGAGGAGGCCAUUAAGCUCCAUCCGUUCUUCAGAGAGAUCGACUGGACGCUGCUGGAGCAGAGGAAGAUCAGGCCACCGUUCAAACCACGCAUUAAAACCAAAAGGGACGUGAAUAACUUCGACCAGGACUUUACGCGUGAAGAACCCGUCCUGACGCCGGUGGACAACACCAUCAUCAAGCAGAUCAACCAAGAUGAGUUUAAAGGAUUCUCCUACUUUGGAGACGAGACUGUGGCCUAGACAAACACACACUGACGCACAUCUACAUACGAUUAACACACACCACCACCACCACACCUAAAAAUCUUCAAGCAAAGACACAGUAUUUAAAGAAACACGGCCUCUGGAACGAGACCUCGUGAACUUUUCCAGAUUCCGACCACUCCAGGAAUUAUACUAGACCAUCUGUAUUUCUCUUUAUGGUUUCUGUGCUCUUGAUGUUUGUCCAUUUGUGCAUAUCCCAUCAAACUAUAUGCUCGAGCGGCACGGAAGUGCAGGUCAAGAGGAAACUACCCAAUGCUCCUUCACUCAGUCCACAUAUCGUUCUGAUGCAGGCGAAGCACCAAACUCUGUUUUCAGGGGAGUGUUUUGAAGUAAAUACAUGGGCGAGGUCAUGGCCGAGUGUGUGUGUGUGUGUGUGUGUGUGUGUGUGUGUGAGAGAGAGAAAUGUGCGUACAAGCGAGCAUGCAUGCAUACCUCUAGAAAGAGUAAGACUGUCAUUUCUGUACAUGAUGUGCUGUAUCCUGUGUCUGUCUCCGUGUUCAAAGAAUGUUUUUUUCUUCCCUAAACUUGUAUGUGAAUGGAAAAAAAAAAAUAA